AUGACAGCGUCCAAUACACCAUCUCCCACUAUUUUAGAGUCCACCAAUGUUGCUAAGGUCCACCAUAGUGACGCAAAUGGUCAUCAUUCUAAAUCAAAAAGAUUCCAGUAUCUACCACCAUGGACCACUCCAUAUGUCAUCGGGGUAGGAGGACCAUCAGGAUCAGGUAAGACGAGUGUAGCAGCCAAGAUAGUAUCUUCCUUGAACGUUCCCUGGACAGUUUUAAUUUCAUUGGACAAUUUCUACAAACCAUUAAAUGCUGAACAGAGAAGAACAGCAUUCGAGAACAACUACGAUUUUGACCAUCCAACCGCUCUUGAUUUAGAUUUAGCAUAUGAGGCGAUAUCGAGCUUAAAAGAGGGUAAAAAGACUACAAUCCCUGUUUACAGCUUUGUGGAGCACAAUAGAAUUCCUAACAAGAAUAUAACCAUCUAUGGUGCUAGUAUCAUUGUACUUGAAGGGAUUUACACCCUUUAUGACAAAAGAUUACUUGACCUAAUGGAUUUGAAAAUCUAUGUGGAUGCAGAUCUGGACGUUUGUCUUGCGAGAAGGUUAUCGAGAGAUAUCGUAUAUAGAGGUAGAGACCUCGAGGGUUGUCUCGAACAAUGGGAGAGGUUUGUCAAACCCAAUGCAGAACGCUAUUUGAGACCUAAAAUGAAAGAAGCAGAUGCAAUCGUGCCCUCUUUAACCGAUAAUGGUGUCGCUGUGGAAUUAAUCAUUAAUCACAUCAAAUCGAGAUUACAACAAAAAUCCGAAGAACAUUUGAAGGAGUUGAUAGAAUUGGGUCAUUCUGAUUUGGUUAAUGUUUCUGAGCAUCCCUCUUUACAUGAAUUGGUGCCAACAAAUCAAGUUAAUGCCAUAAUUACUAUGCUGUUAAACAAAAUGACUAGUCGCUAUGAUUUUGUAUUUUAUUUUGAUAGGAUUGCCACUAUUCUUCUCACACAGGUGUUAAGUGACAUACCUGUAUAUGAAAAAUGUACCAUAGAGACUCCCGAAGGUACUACUAUACCUGAUGCCUUAAAAUGCGAUUUCAACCAAAUAACCGCCAUCAAUUUAAUCGAAUCAGGCGACUGUUUUAUGCAUUCCUUGAAGAAAACAAUUCCAAACAUUGUCACUGGGAAAUUAUUGGUGCAAUCUGACUCACGGACGGGGGAACCUCAAUUGCAUUUUAAACUUUUGCCUCCUGACAUCACCAACUACAAAAUGGUCCUUUUAACGGAAGCUCAAAUGAUUUCCGGUGCCUCUAUGAUUAUGUCCACCCAAGUCUUAUUAGACCAUGGUGUUGAACUCGAAAACAUCAAGGUCGUUGUAUUCUUAGCAACGGAAAUUAGCAUCAGAAGAAUUCUUAAUGCUUUUGAUGGGAAAGUUGACAUCUACGUCGGUAAAAUAGUUACCAAAAAUGAAUUGAACCGGUGCGACUGGGCUAAGGCCAGAUUUGUUGGAGCAAAGUACUUUGGCUGGUGA